GAGGUUGCAGAGAUGUGCUGGGAAGAUGAGAACUGGUCUGUGGGUUUGGACGAUCAUGGGAAGUAAAUGGUGUAGUGUGCCACACUUUCGAACGGACUCGAGCCCGAGUUUUGUUCGCAUUGGUGCGUCAACUUCCAGUCUAGGAAUAUGCAGAAUACAGCUGAUGUCGCACGGGAAGCACUAGCCACACCAUCUCAAGAGAGCGCAUGGACCACCGUAAGUCAGCGAGUCCAAGCUUACCUAAGGGUGCACGAGAUGGCAGCUUCCCACCGCCUUCCAAAUUAGGUCUCUGCUGGUAGAUCUCCAAUCAAGCGCGUCAGGUUCGUCAUCGAUUGUGAGAGGGUUGCCUCUGCGUCGCAAAGCCCCGAACUCAAGUCUCCAUUGUCGGAGCUUCGCCAAAUCGUCACAGCCUACCUGCUAUCUCGCUGCAUCGCACAAACUCAAUCACCAUGGCGACAAAGAAGGCUACGAAUUGGAAGUUGUGGGGAAAGAUGCUGCUUGGUGGCGGGAUCUUUUGCGUGGGCGGCCCGGCCUUCACCAUGUGGGUGUCGCCGACGGAAGAGGAGCUCUUCAAGAGAUACAACCCCGAGCUACAGGCCAGGAGUCUUGCGAAUCGCGAAAAGACGCAGGAGGAGUUUGACCAGUUUGUUACGAAGCUGAAGGAAUACUCCAAGUCGAACAAGCCGAUCUGGACGGUGCGAGACGAAGAUAUCGAGAGACAAAAGCAGGCACGCGUGAAUGAGCAGAGGAGGAGAGAGGCCGAUCUCAAGGCACAACAAGCAGCGAUGCGCAAGGAGUCGGGAAUGUCGGAUGACUUGGACUGAUGUCCCGCCGCUCUGCGACGGACUGUACUAUAUCAACGUGGUCUCGGAGGGUCUGGGAUUAUGCCAUGUUUGGCUGUAUAACAACGAAAGAUACCAUGCUGACCUUUGAGGGUUGCUUUCAGGCGUUUGAGGGCUCAAAGACAUUUGGAUGAAAUUGACAGACUACGCGGCAGUAGUGUUGCGUUCUUGGGAUGGCCGGAUUGAUAUCGGCCUAUUGAUAGAGACGUGAUAGGAUGCAUCGUGCCAGGAGACAUUGAUUGUCAGUGACGCAGAGCGUUAACCUGGUUCAACACCACUCGAGAAGGCAAGCCGAAAAGCUCAUCACUUGGCUGGCCCCACCUCAUUCGGUGAGCUUUCGGUGAGGUCCAGAAAAGGAACGUACCUCGGCAC